UGUAUGCGUGACGUUUUCGAUCGAAGAUGGUGUUCUAGUGGCGGGAGGGUACUUUAGCCAGCGCUACCUAUAGCUACACUGUAAAAUUACAGAGUAAAUACAACCCUUAAUGGCUUUCUAGUCAUUUUGUGGUGUAUGAUACAUAUAGUAUUGUAUAGUGGAAACAAUCCACUAACUAUAGGUUUUUGUGAUUUUCUGGGAUAGCCACUUUAAAUGUUUAUUAUUAUUCUUAUUUUAAAUAUUAUAGAAUAGAAUUUCUAAAUUUUACAUCUACGUCAAAAAUAACAGAUGAUGCGAUGGAACCCUUCGCCAUUUUGGAGAAAAUUCAAAGAUCUCUGGAGUGUCGAAAUUUUCCUGACCUUACCUUUAAACCCAAACAAGUCAAGUGCUUGGAGUCCAUAGUAAGAGGACAGGAUGUCAUUGGGGUGUUUUCAACAGGAUAUGGGAAAUCUUUAAUUUUUCAACUGUUACCAGAUGUCAUGAGAAACAAAGACGAAAAAUCUUCAAUUGUCAUUGUAAUCACUUGUUUAAACGCAAUUAUGGAAGAUCAAGUGAAUUUUCUGAAAAAAGUAGGAAUGACUUGCUACAUCCUACGUGACUUAAAUUUUGAGGAGAAUGCUGUACAGACGUUGUUUGAGGAUAUCUGUCUGAGUGAUAAAACAGAAGAUGUCUUACCAUCAUUUGUAUUGGAUGGUCAUUGUGACUUCCUAUUUUGCCAUCCAGAGGCUAUAUUGAGUGAGAGAGGAAGAACUUUGAUGAAAACGAAAAUUUAUCAAAAAAAUGUCAAAGCUUGUCAUUGAUGAGGCUCACUGCUUGGACACCUGAUGCUGUGAUGAUACAUUUUUGUGAGAAGUAAAUGCUGGGUAUGAGAGAUGAGAUAUUUGCGAUUGUACUUGGUAUUCUUAAUUUAACUUUCUGAUUGAUAUGGUCAACUUGAUCUUCACUUAAUAGUCUUGAUUGAAAUACAAAUCUGUCUUUAUGGUACACAGACUUAUCAUAUUCCACUGUUGAAUUCUGUGAUGUGCUUCCUGCUUUUUCAUAAACCAGUUGUUUUUUUGGUGACACUAUAAAUCAAGAUAGUAAAUUUGAAGAAUAUAUAUAAAAUAUAAAAAAGUAUACAUGUAUAUGCAUAGUAUAUAUAAAAAAGAUAUAUGUAAUUUUUAAAACAUAGGUAAGAAAGAAUGUAUAUUUUACCUCUGAGUUUCUUUGUGGUACAUUUUUGUUCUGGUGACGAUAUUACCCUUUUCACACUUUAAUUUUUCCGAAAGCUUAUCUGUGCAUUCCGACACAAAAUCUUAAAUUGUACAAAGUUUUCAAUUUUUCUUUCACAUUUACGACAGAUUAUAUCAUUUAUGUUAUCAGUUUGCACAAUUGUGAUACCCACAGUGCCUUGUAUUUUCUCUUGAAGUUGUUUUGAUGUUCCAAUAUUUCCAAAAAUUUGACUAAAUCGUUUUAAGUCAGUCUCAGCACACAGUCUACACACUUUAUCACAUCCACUAUAAACUUUAUGUGGUGUGAUAUUUUCUUUCCCUUUGCCUAAAAACAAAGAUUUAUAUUAGUUGUUAUUUUUUGUAUAUAUAUAUUUCCUUUUAUUUAUACAGCUAGCUAUACUUUAUUUCCUAAAAUAUUUUUUAAUGCU